AUGUUCUCCUCAUUCAUAUUAUUUCGAGCAAAUUUGACACAUACUUUACGCGCGUGGGAGAACGGCAAAACGAGCAACGAAAUACCUAGUUUCGACGAUUUUAAGACGUUUUUAAAAUCAAGAGCGGACCUCUUAGAAUCAAUUGAGGCAAAUCAAGCGGAAAAACAGAAUACGCGAAAUAAUUCGCAAGCGGGCGCAUAUCCGCGAAAUACAAAACAUUCACAGAAUACUCACGGUCUAUACUCAUCGCAGGACACUCCAAACAAUACAGAUAGUGCGAGAUGUUGCCCUAUGUGCAAAGGGGAACAUGCUAUCUAUCAAUGCGGCGAAUUUUUAAGGCUUUCAUCGAAGGAAAGAUUCGAUAAAGUACGAAAGAUGAACCUUUGCACGAAUUGUUUCAAGGGGGGACACUACUACAGGCGGUGUAAACAAUCAACAUGUAAACGGUGCUCUUCUAAGCACCACACGUAUUUGCACCCCGAUAGGUCAAGCGAGCGAAACACACCUUCAAUGCAACAACCUGUAGUAAACGCGAGCGAAAAUCAAGCGGUAGAUGAUCUACAAGGCCCUCUAAACACUACCAAUUUGACAGCUUCUGCUGUUAGCAGCAAGGCCAGCCCUGAACAAAGCAUACUAUCUACAGUAUUGGUCAAUAUUGUCGAUGGCCAGGGCAACUCAUACGCGGUGCGAGCGCUAGUAGACUGCGGCUUGCAGAGUUCAUUUAUCACGGAGAAUUUAUGCGAUCGACUUCGAAUUAAACGAAGCAGAGUGGACAUCUCUGUCUUAGGAAUAAACAACGCGAGUUAUAGCCAUUGA